AUGCAGUGCUGGGUGCCCAACCAGUGGACGGGUACCUGGGAAGUGUUUGCCGAAUCAUACUGCUUUGUUGAGAAUACAUAUUUUGUGCCGAUGAAUCAAAGUAAUCUACCAGCAGCGCAUACAAGAGAAGGAAGAGAAAUGAUAUACUAUCAGUGGGUCCCAUUCAUACUGUCCCUUAUGGCCUUUUGUUUUUACAUCCCACGUGGAGUUUGGAAAAUUUUCUCGCCGUAUAGUGGCCUUGCUUUGGCAGAUCUCAUGACAGCUGCGCGGAAAUCAGCAAAGACAGGAGCAGAGGAUAAGCUUAUUCCAUGCGUAGCCACUACUCUGCAAAAAGCUCCUACCUCUAAAGUUCUCCACUAUGGAUCGAGUCUCUUCAAUCUUUACAUCAUCGUGAAGAUAUUGAUAUUUGCCAAUUUAUUGUUGCAAUUCUUCUUCCUUAAUCACUUUCUUGGUACGGAAUACACAUUUUGGGGAGCUGGCAUUCUCAAUGACAUGCUGCAUGGAAGGCAGUGGCAACAAAGUGGGCAUUUUCCAAGGGUUGCUUUCUGCGAUCUAACUGUCAGGGAAAUGGGAAAUAUAAACAACUGGACUGUUCAGUGCGUGCUGAUGGUGAGUGUGUAUAGUUCUCGCAGACAGCGUGCAAUCCGCGUACUGCGUCGCAAAGCGGUUGAGAAACCUUUUAGUGGCGAAGAGACAACAUAA